AUGGAACGACAUCAAGGCGUGGCCCGGGCCCCUGCAUCCGCUGCCACACCGACUCGCGCGAGCUUGAGGACGAGUGCGAGAAGGUCGCAUCCCAAAACGAGGACAGGGUGCAAAACUUGCAAAAGGAGGAAGAUCAAGUGCGAUGAGACACAGCCAGCAUGCCGAAACUGUCUCAAGCAUUCCGUUACAUGUGACUUUCAAAAAACUGCCGGUGUUGCAAAUGCCUUGUCACAUCCAGAAUGUCCUCUUGUCUUGGUCGAUCUGGAAUUGCUCCACAACUUCACCUCGGCUACUUUUUCUACCCUCUCUACCGAUCCAACUCUUCGUACCGUUUGGAAGACAGCCAUUAUCCGCAAAGCCAUAGAUUGCGACUAUGUGAUGCGCUCUAUCCUUGCUGUAUCAGCUAUGCAUCUCGCGCAGUAUAGACCAGAGCGCCGUGAGAAUUACAUGAGACAUGGCAUUCACCAUCACCAUCUUGCUAGUGGUGCAGCUACUAGUCUACUCAGAGAUCCUCUACCAGAGAACUGUGAAAAUUUGUGGAUUUUCAGUGUCUUAACGAUGUAUUUUGCAUUGGGAACUCCCAGAACAUCAGAGACAUCGCUCCUUAUCGGAGAUUCUGUUUUCCCAGACUGGAUUUUCCUCCUGUCUGGUGUGAAGCACCUCCUCGUGCUUAUCCAGCAAACUGCCCGGUCUGGAAUUCUCUCGUCUUUUAUCAACCAUGGCAGUGCCCGUUGGAAAUCAUCUCACGAACCCCAGCAUGAAAAGUCCAAUAUCCUAGACUUAUUAUACCAAAGAGUGACAUCGGCGGUGACCGAUGAACACGAGCUGAGUGUCUACCGACAUGCCAUUCACGAACUGCGAUGUCAAAUAAGCUUCACGCUUGCAUCAAAUUCAAAAGCGUUGGACAUUAUGGAUGCAUUUGUGUGGCAAUUCGAGGUUGCCGAAACCUUUAUGCCGCUUUUAAGGCAGAUGAAAAUGGAGGCCAUUGUUAUUUUUGCCCAUAGCUGCGUAAUCCUCAAUGCACUACAAGGUAAUAAAUGGUUACAGGGAUGGGGAGAGUUCCUUAUCUCCAAGGUUUGGACGAUUCUGGAUGACGAGCAUAAAACAUGGGUUGACUGGCCUAUACAAGAGAUUGGCUGGGUUCCCCCGUGA